AGAAUUUUUAUCCAUGGAGAGACAACAUUGUGAUGAUAAGUCGGUGCAGAAAGAGUCAGGAAAUAUGAACUCCUUGGAAAGAAGGCAACGCCGUAGAUAUAUUUUAUCCGUAAAGAGAGCACACAAGGAACGCAAUGCCAAUUGUGGAAAUAUGAAAACAGAAGGAACUGUCUUUCAAGCUGCUGAAUUAUUAAGUAGUCAAUUGUUUAGUCAUUCAACUCGUACUACUGCUGGUAACGUGGCAGACUUUGAAGUUAGAGAACGACAUACCAUGACAGAAACGAAACUUGGGGAAAUGGAACACCUUCAAGUCGGCUUAUAUGAAUGUGGAGUGACUUACAGUCUUCCAUCAUCAGAGAGAAGUAGUGAAUAUGAUGUAUCUCAUGGAGUUGUUAACCAAAGCACGGAGUCGGAUGCAUCGUUGCAGUGGAUUGACUUUGAUCCUAUCGAGAAAACGUCGGAUGUUGAGGACAAUUUCGUACGCAAUAACAAAAACGAAAGAAAGCUUUCGGAGUCGGUUACCAAGCGUAUGCAAGAAGAGCCAUUUGAAUUGAAUCCUCAAAAUUACUGCUUGGGAACGAAAAGAAAAUUAAAAGAUAUGCAGUAUUUAUCCUCUAGUUCUUGGGAUGAUUUUGAUGAAAGAUCCAACGAUGACUUUUUAAAUACUUUAAAUCAUUAUUUAUUUGCAAUGGAAAAUGAAGACGGUGAUUAUUUUCGAGUGACGGAUACGAAAGAAGAUGAAUUGCAAAACUUUUUAGAGCGAAGUUUUGUUUGAUUUUUUGUAUCGGAUGUUUUGUUUUAUGGCAUUUGUAGAUAUAUUACGCCAUAUCUAUUAUUUUAUAAAACAGAGAAAUCACUU